AUCUGCCGUUGUCAGAGUUUUCGCAUGUGAAAGGACUGUCAAUUUGUCUGUACCUCUAUCUAUGACAACGGCAUCAGUAUUUGUUCCACCAACAUCCACACCGAUCACAGUUCGCGUAACAGCCAUAUUUGUGAAGACGCUCAUGUGAGGCAUGAUGACUUCCCAAAAGGCGGCUUUAGUUAUUGGUGCGUCACGCGGAAUCGGGCGGCAAAUCGCCUUGACGCUAGCGAGAAAUAACUACGCCGUUGUUGUAGCAUCAAAGACGGAAGAAACGUCGUCUGCGUUACCUGGGUCUAUCAACUCGGUUGCCGAAGAGAUAAGAGCAGCUGGCGGGAUAGCUGUUCCUGUGAGAUGUGACUGUCGAGAUGAAAACGAUGUGGCAAAUGCUGUAAACGUUACAACAGAUAGAUUUGGUGGUAUUGAUGCAGCCAUAUAUAACGCUGGGGCUAUAAUGUGGAAACCUGUACUUGAGACGCCAAUGAAGCGGUUCGACCUCAUGAUGCAUGUGAAUGUUCGUGGGGCGUAUGCGAUGGUGCUAAAUGCCGUGCCAAAGAUGAUUCAACAAAAGCGCGGGAAAAUCGUGCUUGUAGCGCCACCUAUUUAUAAUAGGUUUUUCAAGGGUAAAACUCCAUACAGUAUAAGUAAAGUGGGAAUGACGAUAUUAGCUAAAGGAAUGGCAAAUGAACUGCCAGACACUGGAGUAAGUAUAAGUACAUUAUGGCCAGCUACAGUGAUUAAAGCUCAUGUAACAGAUGUGAUGAAUGUACCCAACUCUCAUAUGAGGACACCUGAAAUAUUUGCUGAUGCAGUACUGGGUAUUAUAAAUGAACCAACUGACAAAUUAAAUGGUGCUGUGUUACUGGACGAAGAUUAUUUACGCUCUGAGGGCCAAACAGACUUCACAAAGUACCAGUGUGAGCCUGGGGUGGAGCCACCAAGGAUGAUGCCUCGUGUACUACCUGAUCUAUCUGUAGAAGAGGAGAAUGUAAACCUUGGUUUAAUUAAUAAUAAAGAUAGUAAAUUAUGAUAUGAAGUGACUACAAGAGCACCUGUUGUGCGAUUUUCAUCAGGGACCCUUUUUUGUGCUAUGAUAAUUGAUGAUACAUUGUGAUAUUCAUUCAUAACUUGUAUUUAAAAUGUCACAUUUUACAAUACUGCAAAAUCAUUUUUAUUUGUGGGACUUAUUUUCUGUGUUUUUUCUUGACAGAGAAAUCUAUGAAGUUAAGACCCAACAAAAUUUAAUUUUCUGAACUGUAAGAUUGUUUGUGUCUUGCAUUAUUUUUGUUUUACAUUUUUUUUCAAAAACAAUCAGUGAAUUUACAAUUCACAUUCACAAAAAUGUACCCAUUCACAUUCACAAAAAUGUACCUUUUCAAAAAACACGAAAUUUAAUGCUCACAAAAUCAAGUGAAUUCACAGUGUGACAAUUAGACAUGAAACUACUAUAAUCAUUACAAUGAGUCAGUUCUUGUAUGUAAAUUAAGAUUUAUUCAUUUGUACCAAAGCCAUGAAAAUGCAUAUUUGUUAUACAAAUGUAACUGUUAUUAAAAUUUAUUUCUA